AUGAGAACUUCAUGGGCAGAUUCUGUUGCUAAUUCUCAAGCAGAUAAUCCAACCACUGGUGCAUCUGAUAAUAACAGCUCAUUUCGCCCUGCACGGUCAACUUAUGUCCCGCCACAUCUUCGUAAUAGGCCACCGUCUUCUGAUCCUCCGGCUCCUUCACAGUCUGCCCCACCACCAGCUAAUGACCGUGUAGGUAACAGUGGGCCUGCAGCUGGGCCCGCCUGGGGUGCUGGUAGUUCUAGACAUGAUGCGGGGCGCCCAGGAUAUGUUUCCAGUGGUGGUCGGAAUGUUGGUGGUUGGAACAAUAGAAGCGGAGGCUGGGACCGUGGGAGGGAUCGUGAGGUAAACCCUUUUGCUGAUGAAGACAUCACAGAACCUGCAUUUAGUGAUCAAGAAAACACUGUCAUUAACUUUGAUGCUUAUGAGGAUAUCCCGGUUGAAACUAGUGGGGAUAAUGUGCCAACACCUGUGAAUACUUUCGCAGAGAUAGACUUAGGGGAGGCUUUGAAUUUAAAUAUUCAGAGGUGCAAGUAUGUGAAGCCGACUCCUGUUCAGCGUCAUGCAAUACCUAUUUCUCUUGGAGGGCGGGAUUUAAUGGCUUGUGCUCAGACGGGUUCAGGGAAGACAGCUGCUUUCUGCUUUCCAAUUAUUAGUGGAAUCAUGCAGGGGCAGUAUGUUCAGAGACCUCGUGGAGCACGUACUGUGUACCCUCUUGCUCUUAUUCUCUCCCCUACUAGAGAACUCUCUUGCCAGAUACAUGAAGAAACUAGAAAAUUUUCUUAUCAAACUGGUGUCAAGGUGGUAGUUGCUUAUGGAGGAGCACCAAUAAACCAUCAGUUGAGAGAGCUUGAGAGGGGGGUGGAUAUUCUUGUGGCAACUCCAGGACGAUUGGUAGAUCUGCUUGAGAGGGCAAGAGUGUCAUUGCAGAUGAUAAGAUAUUUAGCUCUUGAUGAGGCAGAUCGGAUGCUGGACAUGGGUUUUGAGCCUCAAAUUAGGAAGAUAGUGGAACAGAUGGACAUGCCUCCACCAGGUUUGAGACAGACCAUGCUAUUUAGUGCUACCUUUCCAAAGGAGAUACAGCGACUGGCAUCAGAUUUUCUUUCAAAUUAUAUAUUUUUGGCUGUUGGAAGGGUUGGUUCAAGUACUGAUUUAAUUGUUCAAAGAGUUGAGUUCGUUCACGAGUCUGAUAAAAGAAGUCAUCUCAUGGACCUCCUUCAUGCACAGAGGGAAAAUGGAGUUCAUGGCAAGCAAUCCCUGACAUUAGUUUUUGUGGAGACAAAGAAGGGAGCCGAUGCAUUGGAACACUGGUUGUGUAUGAAUGGGUUUCCGGCAACUACUAUUCAUGGUGACAGAACACAACAGGAAAGAGAACAGGCACUGAGAUCAUUCAAGAGUGGGAAUACACCAAUUUUAGUGGCAACAGAUGUGGCAGCACGUGGUCUUGAUAUCCCCCAUGUAGCUCAUGUGGGCGAGCGGGGCAAAUCAGGAUUGGCAACAGCAUUCUUUAACGAGAAUAAUUUAUCAAUGGCGAAACCACUUGCUGAUCUAAUGCAAGAGGCAAAUCAAGAAGUACCUGCUUGGCUUACUCGUUAUGCAUCAAGGGUUUCUUAUGGUGGCGGCGGUAGGAAUCGGCGAUCUGGGGGAGGUCGUUUUGGUGGCCGUGAUUUUAGAAGGGAGAGCUCCUCCUUCACUAGGGGUGCAGAUUUCUACGGUGGGGGAAACAGUAGUGGGGGAUAUGGGGUUCCCGGUGGCUAUGGUGGGGCCCCUGGGGGUUAUGGUCCGAGUAACGGGAUGACCAGUGCUUGGGAUUAG